AUCCAGCCGCCGCGAGUUCGCAACGUUUGCGCUCAAACAAUCUUCUCCUCAGCCUCUUCGUCUCAAAGUUUACCACUUUCUCGAUCACUUCGCCACCACGCUCAUUCCACACGCUGCCCGCCUUGUUGAUCUCUAUUUCCACCUCGACGAUUCAUUUACCCUCUCCACUCUAUGCAAGUUCCUCAACUCGGGCACGCCCAAUCUCGAAGUGCUCGGCAUCACAUUCCCGGGGUUCGUGGGGAUGUACGAAGAUUGGCUGCCGCUCCGCGAGGACGAAGACAACGAGGACUUCGGCCGCACUACCACCGCUCGAGACGAAAUCCAAGAGGCGCUCGGGGGGAUCUACAGUUAUGGAGUGAACGCACACAAGCCCCAGUUCUCGACGCUGCAGUCCUCCCUCGCCUCCACACCAUCCGGUGCAUCCCCAUCGAUCUUUUCCCGCACUUCACCACUCCUACACUUCGCGAUGUCGCUGGCUCAAUGUCCCGCGCUUGAGAGCCUCAAGUUCUGGAUAGUUGGUGGGGACUUCGAGACGGACCUGUAUGACGAUGACGACGAUGUUGAUGAAUUCCAUAGAGAUCCGGUCGAGAGCUAUCUUCCUGAUUCCUAUUCGUCUAUAUGGGACGGCGUCGAUCCGGUAACCAUGCCCGCUCUGCAACACGUCGUUCUCAACACUGGUCUUUAUUAUGUGUCGCAUCUCUACCUCCGCUGCCUCUCCUGCCACCAUCCCAUCACCAUUGAAGUCAUCGCGAAACAAACGACCCUACCAGAUUUGGUCGGCGGUCACGAGGAGCUUGAGGAACGCAUCCAGAACGCGGACAUGGCACACAUCCGCGACUCCGGCUCCAGCAACAGAUGGAGGACCACAGAGCUCACUACCUUUAAGGACGACGUCGCGCUCGCUCGAUUCGCGCUUUCAACAUCGGAGUGGGUGGGGCCGCCCACUGCACCGGACUGCGCCUCCGUAUUCCGCAAGCACGGCGCAAACAUCACACGGCUUGUCAUCCAUCAGAACGAAAACGAAAACUCUUCUGAAUUUCUCGCAGUGCUCCACGCUCUCCCCAACCUCACAUCGCUUGAUCUCGCUGGCGGAUGCGUGUCCGAUGUCCUGCGGGCGCUACUUCGACGGGGUCUCCAGGACCCGGACAGCGACGGGCCGAACUGCCAGCAUCUGCGCAUCCUCGCCGUCGCAUUCCCUCGAGAGUGCGGCUCGGUUCAGCAGUUGAUCGAAGCAAACCCAGCGGAGUGGGAGGAGACGAUCACGACCAGCGUCCGAGACGACUUGGCAGAACUCGUGAAGAUGCUGGGGGGCCGAGCAUCGAGUGGUCUUCGCCUGCAACGGCUCGAGUGGCGAGUGGCGGAGUGGGACGAUUAUUUCCAGCUCGAGUUCCUUCCGACUGCGGUUGUGAGCACGUAUGUGCCACCUCCGACGGCGCUGUACGACCAGACGAAGCUGGAGACGUUGGUCGACGGGCCGGUCGUAUUCGGCGGGGUCACCUACCAGGUCGACGUCGAGCGGGUCGUCGUGAGACACACAGAGGACUUCGCGCUCGUCGGCACGGAGGGUUUAUUUGACGUCGUGCAAGUCAAUAUUGACGUGGGCGAUGGCGUGUAG